AAUUCACUCAUGUAUUGUAGCAGCCCAGCCCACUUCAGCCUGGGCCUCUCAAUGUAAAAGCUGCCUGACUCUCUUCUACUCGAUGUAUCAGCUGUAUUCGAUGCGCCUUAAGCUAUUCAACGUUGUUUGCUUCCUUCAUUCGCUUUCCCGCUCUCUUUGAACAGCCCUCGUCGAUUGACGCUGAUCCGCAAGAUGGCUUCCAAGAAGACUUCCUACGUGACGCUUGAUGUUUUCACAAGAAAAAGAUAUAAAGGAAACCAAGUGGCUGUUGUCGAGGUUCAAGGUGAUGCGCUACCGCCCGCCCAUAUGCAGAUGAUUGCCCGGGAAUUCAACUUCUCCGAAACCGUCUUUUUGCGUCGAAACAUGGACGGGGAGAUGUCUAUCAACAUCUUUACUCCUGUGAACGAGAUGGACUUUGCCGGCCAUCCUGUCAUCGGCACUGGCCAUGUGCUAUUUCGACAGCUACUUCCUGGUCUCGCUGUAGACCGUACUGCCUCCUCAGAGGCCACUCUUUGGACAAAGGCUGGACCAGUUGUAGUGCGCUAUGAUCCGACUCGAGAAACUGUUGCGGCCGACGUGCCAUACAAUAUCCAUAUUCAUUCCCGCCCUACUAGUAAACAUAGCAUUCUCGACUCCCAGCCAAGCUUGAAGACCCGGGAAUUGUCAAUUGAACAGAGCUAUCCAUGCGUGUCUAUUGUCAAAGGCGUCACCUACACACUGGUCGACUUUACCAAUCAGCCCGGCCUGUUCGCCGCCAUUGCUGCAGGCCCUAGUCAGGUUACAGAACUUGAUGAGGGUUGGGCACCCUCUUUCACUGGGGUGAUGUACUAUCAAGUGCUGUCGGAUCAUUACGUGGAGGAGGGCAAGAAGGCGCAACAGCUCAGAAUUCGUAUGGUUGCAAUUGGCCUCGAAGACCCCGCCUGUGGAAGUGGCUCGUGUGCUCUAGGCGCCUAUCUCGCGCUUCAGCAAGGAGAUGCAGGUGGUAUAUAUAGAUUCUAUCUUGACCAGGGACAGGAGAUUGGACGUGACAGCAGUAUCAUUGUUGACAUUGCGCUGGACAAGACUGGAGAUAGAGUUACCAGUAUAUCCCUCUCAGGACCUGCAACGCUAGUAACUGAGGGCACUAUAUUACUCCCAGAAUAGAGCAAAAUCGGGUCUUGUCUUUGGCGGUGGAUUGAGAAGAAAACACACUGGCAAGCCGUUUGAAGAAAUCCAGUCAAAUUAAAAGGUUUGGCUCGUCGACACUCUGGGAAGUGAGCGGGAUGUAGACGUCAGGUAAUCGCGGAGUCAGGUCUGCCAGGAACGGUUAGAGAGAUCAAACUCGAGUUUUUACGAUUU